GGGGGAAACAGCAAAAAGUCUGUCUUGGAAAAAGCUCAGUGUUUCUCCGUCUGUGUGGAAUCUAGAGCUGGGCUCAUAGUGGAAUAAUGGCACAAAAUAAAACGGAUCCCUCUUUGGAAAUAGACAAAUCAUUCAAUCUGGGCGAUAUGAUUCUAGCCUUCUGUUUAUCUGUGCUUGUGGGCCUGCUGCUGGGUGCUUUGAUCUACGUUCUGCUGACCUGGGCAUCCAGGCGCCGGGCUACAGCCAGGAUCACCAGGCACUCCAAAAAGAAAUCUGGCGCUUCACAAACAAACGAUGCCACGAGCAGCCAGCUGGGCCUGUACCGAAGCACUUUUUUGAGCGUCUACAGACAGCCCUCUCUCGAGCCAGUUGGCCCCCUGGGGAGUAAGCCAGGUGCAGAGACAUCCACGUUUCGCCCACUACCCAAGAAGAGCAGGCCUGCCCUAGAUAUGGGAGAUGACACCCAGGUGUGUGAGGAUGCAGCGCCUUCAAACUCAUCUGAUUCAGCAUCGCUUGUUUCAAACAAGAGGCAUUCCUUCUGGCUGGGCAACAAUGGGCUUAAAGGUUUUCUACCCUCACAGACGCCCCCUCCUGCAUAUGACACUGUUAUCCAUGCCUUUGAAGAGACUUGCACCUGAAAAAGUCCACAUAAAUACAACAAGAACUGAAGCAGUUCAGUGGAUAACAAUAGACUUUCUGGCUUUGCAUUGUCUUUAAAGGGACAGCUGUCUGUGCACGAUUCACUUUGAAGCAGUGUGAAGGGGUUAGAGACAUGAAGUGUCAGCUCAGCUUUUGUUUAAAGACACGAAUAAGGGUUGCAGUUUCCAUAAUUGAUACAUUUGCACAUUAUUUCCCCUAUAAUUCACAAUUCAUAAAAUAUCAGCAAAUGACAAAAUAAUAAUGGCCAUCCUAUUUUGUCUUCUCUAAAUGUUACAAAUCCAUUUGUGAUGACCUAUAAACGGACACAAGAGGCACAUUUGCACACCGAGGAAGAUUGGGGGAGCUGUUUUCGCUUUAGCUUGGAAGUGGUUCACUGAUUAGUUAAUUAUCAAAAACAGUCAGUGGGGGAUUUUCUUUAAACUGGUUAAUUGUAACAUGACCUCUCAUAACCUGUAAACUACCAAUUGUGUUUGUUUUCUUGUUGUUGUUGUUUUUUAAAGAGUCUGAGAGCAGAUUCUGCCCCUGUUUGUGUGUCCAUGA